CCUUCCUCCAAUCAUUCAUUCAUUCAUCCAUGUUCUGGAGAACUCUGAAUGAAAGAAACCCUAGCCGUGUAGCCCUCCGCCUAGCCCUCCAUCGUCGCCGCCUAACCCAGGUCCUCAGCGCCGCCGCCGUCCCAGCUCCUCAGCACCGCCGCUUUUUCCUCUUCCCCGUGUCCAGAACCCAGAAACUCGGCAGGUUCUCUUCGGCUCUUCAUCUUCGCUGGCUUCUCGGCACGGACCCAGACUGCUCAGAAGAAAAACACUUCUCCGUUCCGAUUUCCUUCCUUCGAGUUUAGAGAGCAGAAGCUCAACCAAGAAAAAAACCCGAGACUUCGAAGGUGCCCUUUGUUGAAAUCUUUACCAUUUUGCAAGGAUAAGGAAACAAACUUAAGAUCCAUGUGGAAUGAGUUCAGGUGGAGACACAAAGCUCAAUCCAAGAUAUAUUUCUACCCUCGAAUGAGCUUACAUCAGCUAGCAAGCUGAAAGUGAUCUUUGCCAACUCAACGGUGGUGACGCCCGAGUGAUGGUUGCCAAUUGAAUUAACGCAUUUCAUUCCCUCUUUUCUCGUCUCUCCCUCUGGGUUUUGACAUGUAAAUCUGCAAGCUUGAAAACACAAGAGAGUGUGUGAAUAAACUAUGAUUGUCUUACCUUACUGAUUGUAUAAGCCCCAAAGUGGCAUCAUGUCUGGGGAGCAAGAUUUAAGCACAUAAUAGAAGUUGGAGAAGUGUUUUCAUAUGAUAGAUUAGAGACUUGAGGCAACAUUUGAAGAAAAUUGGGUAGCUUCUUGUGAUGGAUCAUCACUUGGCUAGUGAUUCUCCGCAGGUUCGUCCUAGAUGGAGGAAAGUAGCAUAUGGCGGUAUGCAACCUGGUUUUGAUGACAAUCAUACCGAUGAAUCUUUCCUUGAAGGAAUGGUCAUGAAUGCCAAUGUUGUAAGAAGGGACAUGCUAAAGGUGAUGUUAGACUCUGUUUCCAUUUCUGAAUACUUAUGCAUUGUAGCUCUUGUUGUCUUAGUAUGGACCUACACACUAGAAUCAACCAUUGAUGAGAAUCGUCUUCUGUGCAUAGAUGUUAGUCUUCUAGUUUUGGGUUUCUUGAUUCUCCUUUUCACUCAGGAAAAGAUUUCCCUUAGCAUCCUUGUUCAUCAUUAUUUCCUCAAUAUCUCGUUUUUCAUAAUGGGAUUAUAUGUUUUGGCACCCAUCUACCAAACCCUUACAAGAUCGAUCAGUUCUGAUUCCAUUUGGGCGUUAACCGUAUCGCUUCUCGUGAUUCACCUUUUCCUGCAUGACUAUUCGGAAUCAACUGUCAAUGCACCGGGAGCUCUCAAAAAUCCUGCAUUGACCAGUUGCAUCUCUGUAAAUGCUUCUGUAGUUGCCUCUGUAUUCAUUGCUUCUCGCCUUCCGUCGAGACUACAUGUUUUUGCCAUCAUGCUAUUCUCCUUGCAAGUUUUCCUAUUUGGUCCCCUGGUUACUUACUGCAUUAAGAAAUAUUCGUUCCGUUUACACCUGUGUUUUUCGAUCAGUUUGAUGGUUGUGACAUUAAGUUUCGUGUACAUGCUGCAUUGCUUACUUUUCGUGUUGUUGCUUAGUUUGCUGGUUUUUGUCAAUGUGGUCUGCCCUUAUUGGCUUAUACGGAUCCAGGAGUACAAGUUUGAGAUCAAUGGACCUUGGGAUGAGGCUAAGCUUUGUUUUGCUAUUACAGAUUGAGAUAAAAACAAAGCAAUUUUGAGUAGUUUUCUGGGGUUCAUGUGAAUGUAAUCUUCUUAUUUGCUGAUUAUGGUCCUAGAUGCAAAUUUUGUAAUGCAUGGGGCCAUGGAGUUACCCUAAGUUUUUUGUGUCCUUCAUAAUUACAGAAUGAAACUAUAGUGAAAGUUUUAUGUGAACAAGUUUUUGAAAAUUAGUUUCACCUAA